UACCUGUACCAGCAGACUGCCAAGGUUGAACUCAUUCAUGUGUGAAAAAUGUUGUCGAGGCAUCUGUACAUCUUCUUUGUCGAUUUGCAUUAUUAAAGUACAUGAAGAUGAGGCAUCAUAUACAUUCAUAUAAAUUUGCUGAGAACGAAACCAUGAAGAGUAGCCCGGGCAAUUCCUCGAAACUAUGGGCGGCCUGAACAUUGGUCAAGGUGUAUUCAGUAAACAGAUCUGAGGGGCUGUAAUUCAUCUUCAUCGAACACACGCUGCGUUCAUCACAGUUUGUGACUUUCUAAUCUAAUUGGGAAUCAUACAGUCGUUAGGCUUACGGAAACUAACGAACUAGCACUCGUUUGGCAGGCUGGUGUCUGGACCUUGUUCAACUUGGGAUUUGGCAUAGACAAAGACCACACAUUUCAGCAAGAGUUGUAGGAGAAAGCAAUGGAGGGUAGAUACAGUAUUAACAGUGGCACAAAGAACACUCUCCACUGGGAGGACUACCUUGUGUUUGGGUGUACCCUCCUGAUCCCAGCUUGCGUCGGUUUCUACCAUGCCGUCACAGACAGGAAGAAGAAUAGCCCUUCGGACUUCCUGGUGGGAAGCCGCCAGAUGGGCACCGUCCCUGUUGCCCUGUCCGUGACGGUGACGUUUCUCUCGGCGUUGACGUUGCUUGGGAUGCCGGCCGAAGUGUACAACCACGACACAAUGUUCUGGUGGCUUGCUGUGGGCAUGAUCAUAGCUGUUGCAGGGGCGGCGCAUCUGUUUAUACCCUUUCUGUACAGGCUCGGGGUCACAAGUGUUUAUGAGUACUUCGAGCUUAGAUUUGGGAAGCGAGUGCGGAUACUGGCGUCUCUCAACUGGAUCAUACAAGUGCUGCUGUACAUGGCUUUCGUGCUGUAUGCACCCUCACUGGCGCUCUAUUCAGUGACUGGAUUUGACCUGUGGCUGUCCAUCUCAACUGUAGGGAUCAUAGUGACCCUCUACACCGCUCUGGGCGGCAUGAAGACGGUGCUAUGGACAGACAGUUUGCAGACGGUUGUCAUCAUUGUUGGCCUGGUGUCUCUGCUAGUUCAGGGGUCGCUGGCAGUUGGGGGAUUAACGAAUGCAUGGAGAAUUGCUGAAGAGAGGGGACGGUUACGGUUCUUUGAUUUUGAUCCCAACCCGGGGGUGCGUCACUCGGUGUGGUCUGUUGUUUGUGGGGGCGGGAUCAUGUGGAUGUCCCAGCUAGGUGUCAACCAGACUCAGGUACAGAGACUAAUGUCCUGCCCGACCCUCAGGAAGGCCAAAACGGCGCUGUGGCUGAGCUCUAUAGGCCUGGUAGUAAUUGUGACGUUCUGCACACUAACAGGGGUGGUUCUUCACGCUUUCUACAGAGACUGUGACCCCCUUAAAUUCCAGAACCUCAUUACUAGUUCCGAUGAGCUCCUUCCACUGUUUGCAAUGGACAUAUUUGUGAACACUCGAGUGCUUCCUGGCAUCUUCCUUGCAUGCAUCUUUAGCGGGAGCUUGAGCACCCUUUCGUCAGGUCUCAACGCCCUGGCAGCUGUCAUUCUCGAAGAUUACAUCCGGGUUUUCUGCUGCACAAGAAUCACGGACUUCCGGGCCACCGUUGUCUCCAAAUGCCUUGUCCUGCUGUGUGGAGCAGUGAGUUUAGCUGUCGCCUACCUCGUUUCAUCCUUUGGAAAUAUUCUUCAGAUGUGCUACUCGAUACAGAGCAUCAUGGAUGGCCCACUGUUCGGACUCUUUGUCCUCGGAAUGUUCUGUCCCUGCGCAAAUUCUGUUGGUGCCACCGCUGGUUUCUUUACCUCCCUGGCGUUCAUGUUGUGGAUUGGUAUCGGUGCCUAUGUGAACGGGGUGUCAACGCCAACAUCCUACACCUCCGUCGACGGUUGCAACUGGGAGACAACUGGUUACAACAAUACAGAUCUACAAAGUGUUUACAACAUCACCAAAGGCGACAUCGUUCAAGCUAGUGAAUCUGAAAUAUCUGAAAAAAACUACUAUUCAAUAUAUGAUUUAUCCUAUCUCAACUACACUGCUACCGGAAUGACUGUCACCGUCGGCAUCGGAGUACUAGUGAGCCUUGCUACUCGGCGGUUUUGUAAAGGACCACCUGGAGCGGCUAAGUACAGCCAUCCGGUACUGGACGUAAUUUGCCCCUGUCUGCCGGAGAGCCUUCUGUCUGUCUUUAGAUGCAGUGCACCAGAACAGGAAUACCAAGCGGCGCCUGUCAACGGCGAUACCGACGUGAAGGAUUCAGGCUUCUGAUAUGUUCAAAUAUGGUAUACAUGGUUUCCAAUAUUGGCUCCAUGUAGGAUUGUGUUUUAGUGGAAAGAUGCUAGAGUUAUCAAAGGUCCUCCCUCAUGGAGGUUGAAGUGAAGACAUAUACUAAAGAAUCAAUGUUAAUAUCCUGUCCUCCUAACAUUUGAUCUCAAACAUGUUCUUUUGUGUAUUGAUUACCCAUAUAUUAUUAGUCCCCUGUGCCACUCUUAUUUCAGAUCCCGACAUAUUUUUAUGUUACAGCUUGCCAAUAGUAAACUUGUAUCAAUAUUAAUUUAUAAUCCAGAAAAUUUAUUAGAAUAAUCCUUAAAAUUAGCAAAAGCUGCACUUUCCUAUGUCCCAUCUAGAAAUAUUUCUAUAUCAUCAGCAUAUGGUCCAAAUUUAUGUUCAAGUACGGUAUGUCUGUUACAGUCAAUGUGUAAAUUGACUACUCGGUCAUUUUGCAAAUAUUUUUUCCGAAUGAUUGACUAACAGUUAUAAAGAAGUUGAAGGAGGUUAAAAAACAUCACACUAGAUUAAUUAUGCUGGGAUAAGAAGUCAAAAGAACUUUCAGAAUAUAGAUUGACUUUUGUUUUCUUUUAAGCCUAUCAUUUUCAGUCACUCGGGUAUGAAAUAGAGCAUACAAAUGUUUGGAAUUCGUUAUCAUGAUAUAAUAAAUGCAGAAAUAAAAGUAAAAUGUCUUAAAUAUUUUGGCGUUUUGAAAUUGGAGUCAUUUUACACAUUGACUGUAACAUCUCAAAAUAUUAGACAUGAUUAUAUGUCGUUUGUGGUCCGAUUCAAAUCUCGAGAAGGUUGUAAAGUUACAUGGAUAAAAAUAAAGAACCUAAGAAAAAAUCAUUUGACAGCCAUGUUAAGUUGUGAACUGACUGUAAAAUGUUUCGGCUGAUGCAUUGGGUGAUCUGGAGAGUGGUUGCCUCGCCUCAGCGUGACAGGCAAUCCGUGUCCUGUAUUAUUGUUAGUCUAAAGGAAACACGUAUUUUCCAUUAGUGAGUCUUGAGCAGGGAUGUGAGCAGGUUGUGUUGAGUCAUAUCAGUGUGCACAGCUGAUAUACGUAGAUUAGCCUGGGAUUUUCACCCGGCUUUUGAAAUAUUGGUAUCGGUACCAGAUCUACAUUUCAUGGCAUCCGGCGUCCUACUCUGCGGCAUCCGGAAUACCACUUAACAGGGCUCAAACACAUAUCUGAUAUGUGUUGUAGAUAUUUUACAGAAAAAGUGAUUAACGAAUACAGGCAGGAUAUACAACUGUCACAUAACAAGGUAGUCACAAUUUUAUGGAUAACAACUUCUUUAAUACUGUGAAAAGCGACGUUUCGGUAUAGAUCCUUAUACCGUUGUCAAGCAAGACUGAAUGAGGGACAUAGUACACAAGCCACAUAGCCACAAGUCAUCAAUCAACAGAGAUCAAGGCUAUUUCAUCCCAUCCGCCUACUAUGAACUCAUCAAGCAAUAAUCAUUUAUCCUGUUUAUUGGCUUCAUGUCCCUAUUGGCUUCCACCUAUGUGUUCUCUGUCCACCGUGUUGUCACAGCAUCAUCCCUUUGUUGUCAACACCUACCUAUGUUAUCCCACUCCUGUAUGCAAUUGUUGUUACUGUUAAUCCUCCAUCUACUAUAUAUAUUCUGUACUAUGUCCCUCAUUCAGUCUUGCUUGACAACGGU